AGUAUUCAUGUCCAGCCCAUCCACUUUCCGCGCCAACCAUUCUGCGCAACAGCAAGUCCCAUUUGGUUCUAGUGUCAGCGUGCAUGAUAGCGCACGCCGUUAGUACGAUAGGGCGCACGGACAGUAUCCUAUCACCUUGUCUUGGCCUUGUCCUGCGGUGGUACGCGCGGGCGGCACGCCGGUCUCUAACAUGAUGUGGUAGAAAGAACCCGAUACACGACCAGAAGCUUCGGUGUAUGUAGCCAAAGGUCCAGCUUGGGUCCAGCAGCGCCGUUGCAUCGCAUAGUGGCGUCAUGGCGCACACGUUCAUCUCUUACCUAAACCCUUCUCACUCGCACCGGAAAGAGACGCGUAGGCGAUGUAUAAACUGCGAUGGUCCGAUGAAGCAAAUUGGCCAUGAUACUGUGCAGAGUAUCGUGGCCCUCGUCGUCGAAGCUAUUCUGUGGAGUGAGUCCUAUCAUGAUCCGAUACAUAUUUACUCAAUUUAUAUGGUUGGAUUGGAGUGCACAGCGAUCUACUUCGUCCUCACUUUCAAAGCUGGAAUGAUCCUCCUGAGACCGGCGCGACGGACCAGGGCGUCCAUAUCAACCUUUGUCAUAAUCGUGCUCAUGUUCUUACUGGACACCGCGACAUCCAUUAUCGAUGUGAACAACGCCAUUCGCGAGAUCACGCUCACUCUGACAUCGACGUCUUCGGAGUCACUCGCGGACAGAUAUGAGCUGACUCAAAACCUGCCUUGGCCUGUUCAGGACGCGUUGUACGCGUAUAUGUCGAACCUGGGGGACAUCAUCAUCAUAUGGCGUACGUACGUAUUUUGGCGAUACACCCGGGAGCGAUGGGUGCUCGUCGUGCCCAUGUUGUUCUUGGUUGGCUCCUUGGUCACUUCGGGGCUGAUCUCGUUCUGCGCGGCACGGGUCGUCCAAGACCCCGGCGCGGGCGACUUCACGAACCCGCCUUUCUGCAAAAAUGUUCAACUGUCGUCCUACGUGACUACACUGGCGACAACUGGUGUAGCCACUUUGAUGAUUUGCUACAAGACAUGCCUCCACAGGGAGUACCGCUUUACCGUCGGCGCCCAAGUCCACAGGAUGACGAGCAAGAAAACCCGCGCCGAGCGGAUAAUGACCAUUCUCGUCGAAUCCGGGUUCUUAUAUUUCCUAUUCUUCCUGGAAGCUGUCGUGACAGACAGUGGUAACGUCGGCGAACUGGAGACCUCGACGCCACAGCUGGCGUUUGCGAGCACGGUGUGGACCUACAUGACGAGCCACAUCCUGGGAAUAUACCCAGUAGUCAUCGUGAUCCUCGUGCACUCACACAAGUCUUACAUCGACGACACAACGACCACUGUCGCGACCGCAUCCUCCGGCACGAUAAGCUACGGCAGCCCGACGAGCUCAGGGACGUACUGGGGCAGCCGGCGCACCCUGCCCAAGGUCCAACGACAUCAGACGGUUGCUGUCGAGCUCGACGCGCUGGACUCUACUCCAAAGCACGGAAUGCGAACAGUAUCGGAAGGCACAGCCAGCGCUGCCGAUCUGAGACUUCCACCGGAGUCUAAGGAUAAUCUUGAGAAGCUUAUUCCGAAUGCUGCCGUCUGACGGAGGCUUGUUGUCUGGGUACAGUAUGUAAUUUAUGGGCCAUCUAUGUAUUAAUACGUGCAGCUCUGUCGCCGCAUGACGGUAUACUAAACGAAUUGUA